AUAAAAGAGUUCAUCAUGAAGAAAAUGAAAAAGAAGAAAAAGAAAUUGGGUAGAAAGAUAAAAGGGUUUUUGGGAGGAAGCUGACAGAGCAUCACCCAACCUGUUAUUCCUCCAAACAUACCCUUCCAUGUGCUACUUUCAACAUUCUUUUGGCUUUUUCUUCAGACCCCUUUUCUCUUUUAACUAUGCUUUUGCCUGUCUCCUCACAAACACUUCACCAAAGUACUCCUCUUAGAUUGGCCACUCAACAUUUUCUCUAUGGACUUUCCCAACUUAUCUGCUGAUUCUCUCAUUCCUUCUUUUAUUUUUUUUAAAUCAUUUGGAAUUUCCUUGAACCACUAAAUCUUCAUUGAUUAAUUCAAGCACCAUCCCCAACACCCUAUAUAUAUAUCUACGCACCCAUUUCACCAUCUUAGUACACUUCCAUAACAAACACUGCUACUACUAUCACUACAACUACUUGAAAAAGAGUGUGCCAGACCAUCUCUCUACAUAUCACCUCAAAUGGGUAGGGACAACAGUGAUCCUAUCAUGAUCCAAUCCUCCAUUGCUCUACUGCAAGAGAGGUUUAGACAGUUGCAGAGAGUGAAGGAGAUGAGAGAAGAGCGGGAGCUACUAAAGAAUCUCAUCGAAACAAAACAACAAACACCUGGUAUGCAUUACAACGAGCCAUCAUCGCAGUUGUUCUUUCACUUCCUUCCUCCGAGGUCACCGCCUCCAUCUCUCUCUCUUGACUCACAGAUCAAAGUUUCAGGGUUUGACAAAAGUGUGGACUCACCACUUCUGAUGGGUCUUUGGCCUAAAGAGAAACCAGCCUUCACCAUGAAUAGAUUUGAUGGGUCUGACCCUGAUGAAGAUGUUGACACUUCUCUUCAUCUGUAAACCAAAAAAAAAAAAAAAGAAGGAGCUUUAUAUACUACUUCGUUAACGGUAAUAUUGUAAUAUUGGAAGAGUUAAUGUGUUAGUGAUGAUACCAUGAGAGAAGAGUGAAGUUUGUAUGAAGAUGUUCGUCAUGUGUUAGUUCUAGUUAGCCGAUUAUCAGUAAAGGGUGGUCAAGUGUUCUAAGA